UCUUUUUCUCUCGUCAGGGGUAAACCAUACCUGAUGUAUUUUGAUGUCCUACAAUGUGCUAAGAUGGGAGCAAACGCUAUUGUUGCAGGCUGUCCAACGCCACAGGUAUGUGUGUCAUCAUGUACCACGGACUACUGGGUUUAUCUGGAGGCCAUAGCAACCACCAGUACAUCCGGACUUCUCUGUAAGGACUCCAUAGAUACAACAUCAGUCUCGUACACACAAAUCAGUACCCUUGUGUCAAAUGACGACUGCGCAGCCUACUAUGUAAAGAAUACUCCAAUUGUUGGUCGUUGUGUGCCCUCGUUCUUUCUGGAAAUCACAAAUUAUGCCUCUAACCUACAAACCUCCGGGUCCUACAACCUGACGACGUCAAGUGGUGGAUCUGUCACAGCCAAUGAAAUGACAGAUGCCAGCUAUUACCUGGCUAAAUUUUACACUGCCACGCAGUAUAUAGAGAUGGUCUUCAAGGACAUUGUGGCGUCUUGGUGGCUCCUGCUGGUGUUUGCGGGUAUCGCCAUGGUAGCGUGCUUCAUUUGGAUCAUUCUGCUGCGUUGGAUUGCAGGCGUUAUGGUCUGGAUCAGCGUAGUUCUAGUGUUCGGACUUCUCGGAUUCGCAUGUUACUACAGCUAUUCGCAGUACUAUGAACUGAAGAAUCAGAACAGUACCGCUACCUACGGAGUGUCUGAAGCUUUCGCCCUCAACUUCAGUUACUACCUCCAGCUCAAGGAGACUUGGCUGGCUUUUGCCUGUUCUACUGCAACAUUCCUGGUCAUUUUCCUCCUGAUAUUCAUUUUCCUGGUGAAGAGAAUUUGCAUAGCCAUUGAACUGAUCAAAGAAGCCAGCAGAGCUAUCGGCCACAUGAUCUUCACACUGAUUUGGCCAAUCUUCCCAUUCCUCCUUCAAGUCUGCGUGGUUGGUUACUUUGGAGUCAGUGUUGCUUAUAUAGCUUCCAUGGGUGAUGCCCAGUAUUACAACAACUCGACCAACACUUCGACUGACGGUGUCAACUACUACCUUCAGAGAGUCACCUGUACACCUAAUCCAACAGGGAUAUCCAAGUCUAAAUUAUGGAAAUGUCUUCAGCUGUUUACAAUGUUUGUGAUUAGACUUUCGUUGAUCAAAGCCUGUAAUCGAUUUGAUGCGCAACGUCUCGGUGACUGCAGUCUGCCAUCAGACAACUGA